AGCAUCGAGUGUUAACACCUUAGCUUACCGUCAUACAUCACAUAAAAUUUUAUUUGUCAAAACAUCAUUUUUAUUUUAUCACAUAAAAUUUUAUUUGUCAAAACAUCAUUUUUAUUUUUAACAAUUGUUUUUAUGUUGAUCAUAAUUAAUUGAGUCAAAAUUGAAUUAAUUGAUGCUCUCGUUCCUGUUCCACCGCCUGCCGAUGAUCAUUCUUUGGGAGCUUUGGACGCACUAUGCUGCGUGCAAGUAUGGGGAUGCUCGUCCCAACUUCGCACGCAUUAUUUUCUGGGUGGCUACGGCGGUGUCCGAGUGCAUCUAUCGUCGCUGGCCUAGCGGGGGUCUUUUGCCUCCCCGAUGGUCGGCAAUUAUGGAGCACGUUCGACGAGGCUCUAGACGCAGGAGGGUGGUGCCGAUUCGGUGGGUCCCACCGCCGGGUGGCACCAUCAAGGUGAAUGUGGCGAGGGCCCCGCUCCGUGGGGCUAAUGCAGCAAUCGUGCGUGAAUCGACAGGUAAGUUUCUUUAUGCUCUCUCUUCUAUUGCAUUUAGGUGGGACCCAGUGGAACGGGGAGGGAUGGACGUGCUUCUUCGGUGUAUUCAGUGGUGUAUAUCCCAGUCUUUCCUGCGUAUCCACGUGGAGUCCCAUCAUUCAGAGUUAGCUUGUUUCUUUAAAGAGGGUACCCCGUGGUACCUUCAUGAUGUUUAUGCUAGACUGCGUUUCCUCUGUUCUAUCGCGACGGUCCAGUGGUUUCAUUGUGACGUUCGGGCGAAUGGCCCGAGGACUGAGUUGGCAUUGUGGGGCGUAGAUAGUACAGAGGGAACGCGGGAGUUUACUAAUAUGCAGGACCUUGACACUCGGAAAUCCAAAGUUCAUGGCUACAGCGGUAGAUUUAGGAAGGGAAUUGCUAAGACGAAAAUUAGACUUACCUACGGUGGAGGUAAUGUCGGCCUUCAAGGAGCUGUUGCUUCAACAAUUUAUACCAAUGGUGGUAUAGUUAGAGGCUUCAUACCAGGGUACAUAGCAGCACGACAGGUCUAUGGUCCUACAUACGGUGCAGAGUACACCGUUUCCAGCAAUUACUACAAGUACUUCGAGAUGAAUCAUGUGGUGGAGGCUUUCAUCAUACUUCCCGGAGGAAUUGAUACUAUGGAAGAUGAAAGCCAUUCAACCAAAUACAGUUCUGGAUUCUACAACCUGAUAUAUUCACUUCUGUCAUUUGCUCAAGUUUUGGCAACGCUCAUCAAUUCCUUUUGGUUGAUCACAACAAGCCUUUCUGCUGCCAAAAGGUUACAUGACGCUAUGUUGAAGUCCAUUUUGAGAUCUCCAAUGGUCUUCUUUCAUACAAAUCCACCUGGAAGGAUCAUCAAUAGGUUUGCUAAGGACCUUGGUGACAUAGACCGCAAUGUUGCACCAUUUGCCCAUAUGUUUAUGGGCCAAGUUUCUCAACUCAUUUACACAUUUGUGCUGAUUGGGUUGAGCACUGCCUGUGAAGUGAAGCGUCUGGAUUCAAUGUCCAGAUCUCCUGUGUAUGCACAAUUUGGUGAAGCUCUCAAUGGUCUCCCAACUAUUCGUGCAUAUAAAGCUUACGACCGGAUGGCCACCAUUAAUGGGAACGCUAUGGACAAUAACAAUGGAAGGGACAAAAACCAGGAGGCUUUGCAUGGUAUAUCAUUUAAAAUCCGUCCCAGUGACAAGGUUGGAGUGGUUGGGAGAACAGGAGCUGGUUUUGGGAUGGACCCCUUUUUCAUAAUAUGAAAAGAACUUUUAUUUCGCUUAAUAUAUAUACUUUGUAUAUUGUUAAAGAACUGUUAUAGCUCAAUAAAAUGUGUCUGAUUGU